UCCCAUUGGAGAUGGUGCCCCCAACCUCCAGCAACAAGUAAAGGCAGGCCGGAGAGGCUCCCGGGAGGAGGAGAGAGGUGGAGAUAAUACUGACAGCAGAGGAAGGAGAUAGUAACCAUUUCUCUUCUCUCUCUGCUUAUCUCUCACACUGUCUCGUCUCUCUGAGCAUCCAUCCAGCCUUCUGCUUUCUCAGGACUUCCUUUGUAAUUCUGCUCAAAGGCGGUUUUUCUUCUUUUCUUGUGGAGUCUAAGACAAACUUAGGGAAAAGAAAAGGAGGGGACGGUGAAGGAGGACAAUGGCCUCCUGGUUCAACUGGAAUGAGCCUUAUUACCGGACGCCCCGCCGGGACCCAUCCGACGUGGUCACCGACACCCUGAUGGUGGAGUUCAGCUGGCAGCUGAAGGAGGCUGAGAGGCUGCAGAAGGAGAGGGAGAAUGAGUACCGACGCCUGAAGACUGGUGUGGACUACAGCUGGCUGGCCAGCACGCCUCGAUCCUCCUUCAGCAUCAGCACCGGGGAGCGGCUCGGCCUGGAGGACCUCUGCUCCAAGGUGCCGCCGUCCGGCUGUGGCAUCGUCAUACUCAAGUUCAGGGAGGUCAUGCAGGCCAACGAACCCGAGGCCCACGAGGUGCCCGGCCUGUUCCGCUCCGUCCUCCUGGAGGCCCUGGACCACCUGAAGGAGGAGCAGGAGGCGCAGCGACUCGCCCGCCAGUGGAACAACAAACGUGCCAUGAGCAUGUCCCUCAUUAAUUUCAGGUCCAGGAUCAAGAUCAACCCGUUCGGGAGCACGGUGGGCCUGACCUCCCCUGCAGCCGAGGGGGCGGGACUCAGCGACCUGAAAACGGUGUCGGAGGACGUGGAGAAAGGGAUGGACCGGGAUGAGAGGCAGAGGGUGUGGAGCAUGCCCGACUUCAGAUACAAAGGAUCCGGCAGCAGCGGCACCAGCAAGGUGGUCUGAUGCAGCGUUCAGAGGACUGAGAGGACGGUCGGACGUUUCAGGGGGAUAAACGCUGAUCUCUAGGACUGUUGCAGUGUUUCCACGGGGACGAAUCUUUCAUUCCUGACUUUUCAGUACAAAAACCACUCAGCGUUAGAUCCUGCUUGUCGGGCAUUUUACUGAUAUUCUACACACUGACGACAGUUUUGCAGUACUUGAAACUAUUUUAACUUUGCUUGAGAUUAUCACUUCUUGCAGCGAUGCCUCUUUUUUUUUGUAGAGAUUUGGCAUCUAAGCACUGAGGGCCUGAUAGGGUUAUUUAUAUAAUUUAAUACUUUUUUUGUUGCAGGAGAAAAUUGAUUGUUAGCUCAAAUUUUAAAAUUGAGGUGAAUGGUGUUUUAUGAAAGUGUGUUUUGCAUGUAAGGGGAAUAUAGUGUUAAAAACAAAACACAGUUGUGCUCCUAAAUUUACGUACCCUGGCAAAAUUUGAGAAAUAUUGUCCAUUUUUUUGGGAAAAUAUGUAAAUCUUUUCUUUCAUUUAGCAUUAGCGGUCAGACAAUUAUAUUUGCUCUAAAUGUUCAUGUUUUCAUUAAAGAAUGGUACAUAUUUUACAAAUUCUGCCAGGAUAUGUAAACUUAUGAGCACAACCGUAUUUCACUUGAACGUCACUCGGAAGGUGAAUCAUGCUCGCCUUCCCGACAGCGCACAAAGACUCAGCAGCAUAAUUCAUCAUCCAAGGUCAGAGCACUGAAAGCUUUUCUCCUGCGCUCUUUAUUUGCAAGAGCGAGUCAUGAAAGUAAAAAAAAGAGAAAAAAACGCAGAGAUAAAUCACUAAGUGUUGCCAGAUGUUUUGAAAUGAAACAUUUCAAAGUAAAAUCUUUCCAGCAGUUUAA